CUCUCUCUCUAGUUUUAUACUUCGUGAAGUCUCGCUCUACUUUCACAUUGAGGAAAGUAGUUCUCUCUCUGUCUUUUUCUCUGAUCUCACACUGGGUAAAUUGGUUCUCUCUCUUUCUAGUUUCUUUUUCUUUUCUACGGGGUGGUAAUUCUUUUAUAUCUUUCUGUUCUCGCGCUGAGUAAAGUUUCUCUCUCUAUGGUCACACUGACUACUCUCCGUGUGUGUAAAGUGGUUCUCUGUCAAUUGAUCUCUCUCUCAUGAGAGAGAGAAAAUGUCGGCCAGCAAGGACUUGGACGAUGGGAGCACGCUAAGGGAGUCUGAAAUAACGGAAGCUCUUAUCUCCAAAGAGAAGAGCACUGCUGUUUUGAUUGCUUCUAAUUCUAGUGGCAAUGAUGGUAAAGGAUCGAUUUUGGUGGUUAUUCUCAGUACCUUUGUCGCAGUUUCUGGUUCUUUUGAAUUUGGUUCAGCUGUGGGGUUUUCAUCUCCAACUCAAUCAGCAAUCAGGAGUGACCUUGGUCUUUCUUUAUCUGAGGUUUCAUUUUGUGCAGUACUCUGUUUUUGGAUCCAUCUUGACAAUCGGUUCAAUGAUUGGCGCAAUAAUGUGUGGAAGUUUAGCUGAUUAUGUUGGUCGCAAAGGGGCAAUGAGAAUAGCAGCUGUCUUUUCCAUCUUGGGAUGGAUAGCCAUAAGCUUCUCCGAGGCUGCUUGGACGCUAGAUAUUGGACGACUAUCCGUGGGUUAUGGAAUCGGCGUUCUUUCUUAUGUGGUUCCUGUAUAUAUAGCUGAGAUAACACCCAAGCAUCUCAGAGGAGGCUUCACAACAGUGAACCAGCUAAUGAUUGUAUUUGGAGCAUCAGUUGCAUUCAUAUUGGGAACGAUUUUGACUUGGCGCGUGUUGACAGUAACUGGUAUAGUUCCAUGCCUAAUAUUACUUCUGGGUCUCUUUAUUGUUCCUGAAUCUCCUAGAUGGCUGGCAAAAUUAGGUCGACAACAAGAAUUUGAAGUGGCCUUGCGGAGACUGCGUGGGAAAGAGGCCGAUAUUUCUGAGGAAGCAGUUGAAAUUGAAGAAUACAUCAAAACUAUUGACAGUCUUCCUCAAGUGACACUGAUAGACUUGUUCCAAAGGAAAUAUGCACACCCACUCAUUGUUGGUGCAGGCCUAAUUGCACUGCAACAAUUUGGUGGGUGCAAUGGAAUUGGAUUCUACGCUAGUGAAACCUUCGUAUCGGCAGGAUUUUCAAGCACAGUUGGGACUAUAGCCAUGGCCUCAAUCCAGGUUCCAAUAACAGCGGUGGGUGCACUUUUGAUGGAUAAUUGUGGGAGGCGACCGCUUUUACUGAUAUCAGCAACUGGAACAUGCAUGGGUUGCCUUCUAGUAGCAAUAUCAUUUGUAUUGGAGGCCCAUGACUCUUUAACGAAACUGUCUCCAAUACUAGCUCUUUCUGGCAUACUGGUUUUUUCCGCUUCUUUCUCAAUUGGCAUGGGCGGGAUACCCUGGGUCUUGAUGUCUGAGAUAUUCCCGAUUAACGUGAAAGGAACGGCUGGAAGCCUCGUGAACCUUGUACACUGGUUUGGUUCUUGGGCCAUGACAUUUGCUUAUAACUUUUUCAUGAGCUGGAGCAGAGCAGGCACAUUCUUCGCAUUCUCAGCAGUUAGUGCAGCAACUGUACUGUUUGUAGCAAAGCUGGUUCCAGAAACAAAAGGGCGAACGCUCGAAGAAAUACAAGCUUCUAUGGACCAUGCCUCCUCAGGGAAAUCGUCAAUGCAUUGAUGAAAUCAGUCAGUUCAGGCAGUUCCGAGCUUGCUCGCCAGUUUUAAUUACAGAAACAAAGGAUAUUAUCUCACAAUUAUUGAGGUUUUUUUUUUUUUUCAAUGUAUAAUUAUCGAGUGUCUUAUUGUCAAACAAUUAAUUGUAGAAUUCUCAAUUUAAGUGAUGAUUCUAUGUCUCCUUGUAUGUAAGUUGUUGCUAUGUAGUUAAUACAAACUUCUAUGGCC